GUGAAAGUGAUUCAGAAGCCAUCAGACUCCAUUUUGUGACGAGGAGAAAAUACAAACUAUUCAAGAUUAAAAACACAGGUUUGAUUUAACACACCGAUGUUGGAGAGAAGUAAACGUGUGUCCUGCUGUAAUCUGGAGAAGGAGACAAGACCUCCAACAUGAGUGUGUCUGGAAAACAGGACUUAAAGAAAGACGAGAGACCACAAAAGAAGAAAUCAAACAUCAUCAGGAAUCAGUUGGAGUCUAUAUUAAUGGAGCUGGAACACAAAGUCAUCACUCUGAUAAAGAAUGAGCUGAAGAGAUAUAAGAAGCUCCUGAGUCCAGAUUACCCAGCAUGCACUGAGACGGAGGUGGAGGAUGAGGAGGAUCUAUACAGUGUCAGAGAGGGAGCGCUGAAGAUCACACUGCACGUCCUGAAGAACAUGAACCACACAGAUCUCGCUAACACACUGCACAACAAGUCUGUGGCCUCUGUGUAUCAGCCAAGGUUGAAAUUCAACCUGAGAGAGAAGUUUAAAAGAAUUAAUGAAAGAAUCUCACAGCAUGGAAGCUCAGCACUUCUGAAUGAGAUCUACACAGAGCUCUACAUCACAGAGAGUUGGAGUGGAGACGUCAAUAAUGAACAUGAGGUCAGACAGAUUGAGACAGUGUCCUGGAGAUCAUCAACACAGGACACAUCCAUCAAAUGUAAUGACCUCUUUAAAGACAAGUCCAUCAGAACUGUGCUGACUAAAGGAGUUGCUGGAAUUGGAAAAACUGUCUCUGUGCAGAAGUUCAUUCUGGACUGGGCAGAAGGAAAAGCAAAUCAGGACGUCUUCUUCAUGUUUCCAUUUCCCUUUAGAGAGCUGAAUCUGAUGAAGCAGCAAAACCUCAGUCUGAUGAAUCUUCUUCAUCACUUUUUCCCAGAAAUCAGAAAACUAAGAUUAAUAGAUUGCGACUCCUACAAAGUGGUGUUGAUCUUUGAUGGUCUGGAUGAGUGUCGACUUCCUCUAAAUUUCCAGAGCAAUAAGAGAUUGUGUGAUGUGACAGAGUCAGCCUCAGUGGAUGUGCUGCUGACAAACCUCAUCAAGGGGAAUCUGCUUCCCUCUGCCCUCCUCUGGAUAACCUCUCGACCAGGAGCAGCCAAUCAGAUCCCUCCUGAGUGUGUAGACCAGGUAACAGUGGUACGAGGCUUCAGUGAUCCUCAGAAAGAGGAGUACUUCAGGAAGAAGAUCAGUGAUCGGAGCCUGGUCAGUAAAAUCAUCACACACGUGAAGUCUUCAAUAAGCCUCUACAUCAUGUGCCACGUCCCAAUCUUCUGCUGGAUUUCAGCAACUGUUCUAGAGAGAAUUUUGGGUGAAGCAGAGAGUGGAGAGAUCCCAACGACUCUGACUCAAAUGUUCACACACUUCUUGAUCUUUCAGAUCAAACACAAGGACCAAAAGUACCAUCAGAAAUGUGACCCUGAUCCUCAGCAGACCAGAGAGAGUAUCCUGGCACUGGGAAAACUGGCUUUCCAACAGCUGGAGAAAGGAAACCUGAUCUUCUAUGAGGAAGAUCUGAGAGAGUGUGGCAUUGAUGUCAGAGAAGUGUCAGUGUACUCAGGAAUGUGUACCCAAAUCUUCAGAGAGGAGUUUGGGCUUCACCUGGGGAAGAUGUUCAGCUUUGUACAUCUGAGCGUUCAGGAGUUUCUGGCUGCUUUAUACACAUUUCUCUACUUCAUCAGCAGAAAUGUAACAGAACAACAAAGGACUGAUCUGUCUGAUCUUUUCACAAAGUCAAACAUGUUUGAUUUCCUCAGGAGUGCAGUGGACAAGGCCUUACAGAGUGAGAAUGGACACCUGGACCUGUUCCUCCGCUUCCUUCUGGGUCUCUCACUGGAGUCCAAUCAGACUCACUUACGAGGCUUAAUGCCACAGACAGGAAGCAGCUCUCACAGCAAACAGGAAACAGUCAAGUACAUCAAGGAGAAGAUCAGGAAGAAUCCAUCUCCAGAGAAAUCCAUCAAUCUAUUCCAUUGUCUGAAUGAACUGAAUGAUCAUUCUCUAGUGCAGGAAGUACAAAAUUACCUGAACAGAGGAGGUUACAGACGUCUGAGUGGAAUCAAAAAAUCUCCUGCUCAGUGGUCAGCUCUGGUGUUUGUGUUACUGAACUCAGAACAGGAGCUGGAUGAGUUUAAUUUGAGGAAAUAUGACCCAUCAGUUGAAUGUCUUCAGAGGCUGCUGCCAGUGAUUGCAGCUGCUGCACUCAUUAGUUGCCGGCAAAGUCGAGUUUCCUCGCUCCGCCUUGCAGCCACGUGUGCUCAGGCUGUCCAAAAUGAUGGGGGUGUUGAACCGGCGCUGUCCGUUCAACACCCUGCCGGCAGUCAUGUGAGGAGCGCUGCGCUUCUUUUGCGCGUGGGUUGCCGGCCCAUCGUCACAGUACCCCCACUCAGCUCCGAGCCUACUGCUGGCAUGUGA